UCGCGGUGACGUCACAAAGUCACGUGAUUUUGAGUGGUAGGCAACACUGGAGUACUCCAAGCUAUCCGCCAUUACUUGUUUACAUUAUAUGGGUCGAUAGAUGCUGAACCUAUUAAUGCGAUUAUGCCGACAUCUUGCUGUGUCAUCGGUUGCAAUAGCAGAGGGGAUGCAAGGACAAAGUUGUCAUUUUACAGAUUCCCAAAGAAACCCGAGAGAAAACGACUUUGGUUGGCGGCAUUGAAAAGAAAAGACUGGACUCCAAACGACAGCCAUCGUGUCUGCGGUCGCCAUUUUAUCAACGGUAAGAGCAAUGACCCCCUUGAUCCAGACUAUGUCCCUUCUGUUUCUAUGGGAUAUGAACCUUUACGGCAAGUAACACCAGGAUCCAAGAGACAUGUCAGACUCCACAAGAGAGAGGAAGAGAUUGCCAAGAAGGAGAAUACUUCCCUAGCUGCCAACAUAUUGCUAGAACUCUCCGCAUCGGAGCCAAAGAACCAGUGUGAUCCUGUUGCAGAUCUAGACCCUCAUGCACAUUGCAUCAACACAAUAACUCGACUUCAGAGGCAGAAUAGUCAGAUGCAGCAGGAGCUUCAACGAUUACAAGCUGAGAAUGAGGAUUUACGGGCAUCAGUGGAUAAGGUAUCAUUUGGACCAAAUCUUAAAGAUAAUAACAGCAGGACAACUUCCUAUACUGGGCUACCAUCAUAUGCUUGUUUCCUGUGGUUACUGAACUAUGUUGUGUCUGUUUUACCAAAGAAGCAAUGGAAUCCAAAUGACAAAGACAUGGUUAUUGUAAACCUGUCAAGUCUGGAGUAA